UGUUUGUAAAAUAGUAACAGCCUGUCACACCGAUUAAUUAAUUAAAGCAUUGAUGCUGGACAAACGAUAAGGUUGCUAAGUUAAAACGGCAAGUGAAAUGGAGAAGGCGCGAAUAUGCACGUUUUUGAUUACCGGUGGCAGUGGAUACUUUGGUUUCCGCCUUUCCUGCUCACUACAUAAAAAGGAAGCUGAAGUCAUUCUGUUUGAUAUGAGCCCGCCCAGCCUAGAGGUUCCAAAGGGCAUUGUGUUCCUAAAGGGAGAGAUUCGUGAAUAUGCUCAGGUGGAGAAGGCGGUCACUGGCAUGGACUGUGUUUUCCACAGCUCCUCCUACGGCAUGUCUGUCAGGGAGCAGCUGAACAGGAAGCUGAUUGAGGAGGUGAAUGUCCAGGGCACAGAGCAUGUCCUCAGGGCCUGUGUAGAGGCUGGAGUCUCCAGGCUUGUCUACACCAGCACCAUCAACUUAGUGUUAGGAGGCCAAGACAUUGAGGGUGGUGACGAAAGCCUCCCCUACCUACCUCUCCAUCUCCACCCUGACCACUACUCCAGAACCAAGUCGGUAGCUGAGAUAGCCGUGAUGAAAGCCAGUGGUACAGAGCUGAAGGAUGGGACAGGUGUGUUGAGGGCCUGUGCUCUGCGUCCAGCCAGUAUAUACGAGCCUGGCAAGCAGAGGCACCUGCCCAGGAUCGUUAGGUACAUAGAGAACGGGAUAUUCAGGUUUGUGUAUGGCGAUCCGAGAAGUUUAGUGGAGUUUGUCCAUGUAGACAUCCUGGUGUCUGCGCACGAACUGGCUGCAGAGGCUCUGACGUCAGAGCACCAGCACCGCUCUGCUGGACAGGCAUACUUCAUCUCAGACGGAAGACCUGUCAACAACUUUGAGUUCUUCAGACCUCUGGUGGAGGGUUUGGGUUACUCUUUCCCCAAACUACGUCUACCACUCUCUCUCAUUUACUUUGUUGCAUUCCUCACUGAGAUGAUUCACCAUCUCUUCGGCCCGAUCUAUAACUUCCAGCCUCUGCUCACACGCACAGAGGUGUAUAAGACCGUUGUGACGCAUGACUAAGGCCAAGGCCGAGCUGGGUUAUGAGCCCUAGGAGUAUAACCUGGAGGAGCUUGUGUAGUGGUUCAAGAGUAGAGGUCAAUGAAGAAAACCUAGGGGUUCACUUCUCCAGCGACUGAUACUAGAUGGUCUUCUAUUAGCAGCUCUAGUAGCUCUGGCACGCUCAUACCUCCCAGUGGUUGGCAGUUAAUCAGCAGGCAGUAAUAAAGUGAUACAUCUCAAUGGCACAUUUAAAUAUUGAAACUUGUGCUAUACUAGUGGUGAUGGAUUGUUUGGUUCUCCUUUUAUCAAUUACAAUGUUGGCAGUUUGUAAUAAAACAAAAUAAUAUUAUUAACCAGAAUUAGACCUGUUCAAAAUAAAGACCACAUUCCCUUAAUAAAUGUCCAUGAAUGUGUUUUGUGUAAAUUCCAACAAUAGAUAUACCGAGUUAGAUAUAGUAUAGCUAACUUUUGUAUUAUAUUGACAAUUGUUGGACACAAUGCAUUUUGUUUUUGGCAGGGUUUUUAAAGCCAGAAUGGAAUGUUUGUUUUAAUUUGUGACUGUCCAUGGAAGUACCUGACCAUAGUCCACUAGCCAAAUGCAGUAUUUACAUAAGGAUUCUCUAAAUUUGAUUAUGUAUAAGAGAUAUCUCUUGGUGA